CCACAAGCUUCGAAGGUUUGCUGGUUCUCUAAUGGAAGUUUAACUUAAAGAACCUUACAACUAUGAACAUGGCCACCGCUUCAAGGCGCUUACUUCUUGGGACUUCCGUUUUCCGAAUUCACAGACAUGCCCCUGCAACUCCAUGUUCUAUCUUCCGCACCCUACUCAACACCCCUUCCUCUCACCGCCCCCUCACUUCGUUCCCUCUACGGUUCGCCAAAGCUUCACCUUCGACAAGGCCACACUUCCACUGCUAUAGCUCUUCUGCUGCCUUAGAUAACUCAAUUGACAGCACCGAAGCUCCUGAUUCUCACCCCUGGCCUGAGUGGGCCACCUUCCUCGAUCGCUUGAAGAGUAAAGGAUAUUUCGAUGAUGAGGUUUCUUCUCCUGUGGAGGACGGUGAGGGCGAGGGUGAGGGUGGUAACAGUGCUUCUGCCAAUUUGGUUGGGGAUUCUACUGUUAUGGGUAACUACUCCAAAGACUUGAAUCGCUUGAAGAAUGCUUGUCUCAGUUUUGCGCGUGAGCGGUUCGACAUUUUCAAAUCAUUGUCCAAAGAGGACAUUCAAACUGUUGUUGAGUGUGGGUGUCCUAGUCUGUUUCGGAAAACCGUCAAUUCAGCAAAACGAUUGAGAGCAUUUGUAAGACUUGAUGAAGGAGAUGUAUGUAGUGCCUGCAAUCUCCGAGGAUCCUGUGAUAGGGCCUAUGUGAUACUCAAGGAAUCUGAAGCGCCCGCCCGUACCGUGGAUAUUGUGCGUAUUUUGUUUAUUUACGCACUAGAUCCACUUGUUCUUUCUGGAGGAGAGAUGCCACAUGGUAGAGAGCGUGUUGAAGCAUCAGCACGCAAACUGCUUUCUGAGCUAAUUGAACUGAGUGACACUUCCCCUGAUCCUGCACUUCCAAAGCCUGCUGCAAGACCUACCAACAAAAAGGAACGGGAUGAGAGGGUCAUGGAUCGUGUACCGACUCAAAAUGUUGAAAUGAAGAGAGGAGAUUGGUUAUGUUCCAAAUGCAACUUUAUGAACUUCGCUAGAAACUUGCGAUGUCUAGAAUGCAGAGAAGAAAGGGAACCUAAGAGAGUUGGUGUGGAUGAUGUUGAAAUGAAGAAAGGAGACUGGAACUGCCCACAAUGCAACUUUAUGAACUUCGCUAGAAAUUUGCGAUGCCUAGAAUGCAGAGAAGAGGGACCUAAGAGAGUUGGUGUGGAUGAUGUUGAAAUGAAGAAAGGGGACUGGAACUGCCCACAGUGCAGAUUCAUGAACUUUGCUCGCAAUACUAAGUGCCUGCGUUGCCAAGAGUCACGACCAAAAAGACAGCUAAACCCUGGGGAAUGGGAAUGUCCCAGUUGUGAUUUCUUGAAUUAUCGAAAAAAUAUGGUGUGCCUGAAAUGCAACUGUGAACGCCCCAAAGACCCAGCAAUGGAAUAUGAAGGCCAGAUAUGGAAAAGACCUCGUUGAGUGGCUUCUCAUGGCAACGUGUUCAGAAGAUGAUGAUGACAUUCUUCAAAAUCAUGAUCUCCUUGGCAAAGUUUCUUCCACUUAGUGGUUGAAUCAAUGCUCAAGAAUUGAAGUUAUCUUCUGCAAGAAAGAGAAACAACAUCAUAAAGGCUUUGAGUGGCUGCCAAGAAUUCUUUUAUCAUAGUUUUUCCCCCCCCUCUUUCUUUAAAGGUUUAAAAUAUAACAUCACAGCUUGAGCUUCUCCAUUAGUAGGGCGAUAUGCGCUUUGCAUUUAGUCAAAUCUUGAUAUUCUAAUGGAGGGAAUUUUUUUUGGUG